GGAAGUCAUGGGAUGAUGUGGAGGUCGGGAUGGGAUGGGAGUCCGGAGGUCGGGAUUGGGGACGGGUUGGGACGCGGUCGGGGAAGCAAGGCAAGAGAGCGAGACAUCGGGACGGGGAGGUCGCAAUGGGAGGUCAGGACCGGGAGAGGGUCGGGAUCAGGGAGGGAGAGCUGAGAUAGGGAGAGAUCGGGGGGAGAAGGAGAGGUUGCCACAGACACGGAGAGGUCAACACGAGGACAUCGGGAUCGGAGGUUGGGACCGAGAUGUCGGGAUGGGAGACGCGAAGAGAGGAGGGAGGAGUACAAUGUCGAGGCGGGAUGGCAUGGGAGUGGGGAGGUCGGGAUGGGAGACGGGUUGGGACGCGGUCGGGAAAGCAAGGGAAAGAGAGAGAGGUCGGAACGGGGAGGUUGGGACUGGGAGGUCGGGAUUGGAAAUGCGAAGAGACGAGGGAGAGGUCGGGAUCGGGGAGAAAGAGUUGGGACGGUAUCAAGAUCGGGAUGGGAUGGGGAGGUCGGGAGGGGGGAUAAGAAUGGAGAAGGGGGAAGUCGUGGUCGAGGUCGAGAUGGGGGAUGGGAACGGAGAAAGGAAAGCUCGGGAGGUUGCGGUCAGGGCAUCGAGGGGAGAGAGGGAGAGGUCGGGGGGAGAGUUGCGACGACGAAAUGGGAUGGCAGUCGCGAGGUUGGGAUCAGAAACCGAUCGGGAUGACUAGGGGAGAGGAAGAAAGAUCGAGGGGAGAGUUGCGACGAUAUGGAGAGAGUGAGAGGUCGGGAAGAGGAGAUCAGGAUUGCAAGUCGGGACC